AAAACUGGCCCUGCUACUCCGUCACGACAACCGACUUUCGCACACAACACCGGCUGCCAGACGGCAGAAGUACUAACAAAACAGGCCACCGCACGUAUUUACGAGAGACGCGAUGUUCUAGGGCGCUCACAAUACACAGCAACGAACUGAGCUUUCUCCCGUUUUCCGGCCAUUCAUUGUCAGCCGUGCACACAAUUUCAGUCGUUCAACCAUCACGUCUUGCACACGACCAGUGAAACAUGGAAAACUAUCAGAAGCUGGAGAAGAUUGGCGAAGGCACGUACGGGGUCGUGUACAAAGCCCGCGAUCUCCUUGCAAACAACCGCAUCGUUGCCCUUAAGAAGAUCCGUCUCGAGGCCGAAGAUGAGGGCGUACCUUCCACUGCGAUUCGAGAAAUCUCCCUGCUCAAGGAGAUGAACGAUGCUAACAUCGUCCGGCUCUUCAACAUUGUGCACGCUGACGGACACAAGUUAUACCUCGUCUUUGAGUUUCUCGACCUAGACCUAAAGAAAUAUAUGGAGGCGCUGCCAACUAGCCAAGGCGGGCGCGGCAAACCGCUUCCAGAAGGCACUGGCGAGAACUUGCGCACACUCGGUCUGGGCGAGGCAGUUGUCAAGAAGUUUAUGAAGCAACUUAUAUCCGGCAUAAAAUACUGCCACUCUCACCGCGUCCUGCACCGGGAUUUAAAACCGCAGAAUUUGCUUAUUGAUAAUGAGGGCAACUUGAAGUUGGCUGACUUUGGCCUUGCCCGUGCUUUUGGCGUGCCCCUUCGCACGUACACGCACGAAGUUGUCACGCUCUGGUAUCGGGCACCAGAAAUCCUGCUUGGGGGUCGUCAGUACUCUACAGGUGUCGAUAUGUGGUCGAUUGGCUGUAUCUUUGCUGAGAUGUGUACCCGCAAGCCACUGUUCCCCGGAGAUUCUGAAAUUGAUGAAAUAUUCAAAAUUUUCAGAAUACUAGGCACGCCAACAGAGGACGAAUGGCCCGGCGUAACAACGUUCCCGGACUUCAAACCGUCCUUUCCGAAGUGGACCCGCAACUACAAUACACCUCUUGUUAGCGGUCUAGAUGAGAACGGCCUGGAUCUGCUUGAUGGCUUACUCGUGUACGAUCCUGCUGGCCGUAUCAGCGCAAAGCAAGCCAUCUUGCACCCAUACUUUUCGGAAGGGGUGCCUGCCUAUGGCUCCAUUAACGGGACGCACACGAAUGGCACCAACGGGAUGAAUGGAGGCAGCAAGAAUUUCGGCUACUAGGACCCGCCGAUGCGAUGAGACUGAGACUUGAUAAUCGCUGACAAGCUUGUCUCUCACAGCAUUACGAGAUGUGAUUUCUUUUUCAACGUGCAUAAUGUAUUAUACAGCAAGCCAUCCUGAGGCUUAACGGAGGGAAGUACGCCAAGGCCCCAGGGAACAUCCGACAUGAUCAUGGGUGUGGCGUCUAAGGGAAAUGUUUGGACUUCGAUGCUUUUCAUUUGUAUCCAAGGGGAAUCAAGCAAAAAUCCUUCUCGAAAAGAGAAAAGAAAAUAGGAGACAAACCAAACCAACGCAUCACGUUCUUG